AUGGGCCGCGCACGACGGGGCGGCUGCGGGUGGCUCCCGGUCCUGCUGCUGCUCUCCGGGGCGGCGAGGCUGGAACACGGCGGCGCUGCACGCCUGCUCCACUUCUCCGGGCAGGUGCCCGAGAACACUCCAGUGGGGACGCGGGUGCGGGGCUUACAGGUGCCGCUGCGAAGGCUGCUCGGCCCCGGGGAGCCGGCAGGGGAGUGGGCGCUGGAAGGUGACGGCGCCUCCCGCUUCUUCCUCCAGCGGCGGCCGGGCGGCGGGCAGGGGCUGCUGCUGCUCCGCACGGCCGAGCGCCUGGACCGGGAAGCGCAGCCCGAGUACGGGCUCUGGUUGCGGCGGCGACGGAUGGGACGGCUCCUCCGGGAGGCGCUGCUGCGGGUCCGCGUCCUGGACCGCAACGACCACCGGCCGCGCCUGCUGCCGGCGCGGGCGCUGGAGGUGGACGAGCUGGCCCCGCUGCUCACGGAGGUGGCCCGGUUCCGCGCCUCCGACAGCGACGAGGGUGCCAACGCACGGCUCACCUACCGACUCUGGCCGCCGGGCGCCGGCAGCCGCCAGCUCUUCGUGGUGCCCCGCAGCGGGCAGGUGCUGACCGUGGGCUCGCUGCUGGGGCUGCGCCGGCUCCGCCUCUGCGUGGCGGUUCAGGAUCACGGCCUGCCGCGGCCGCUGCGCAGCCCCGCGCGGUGCUUGCGCCUGGCCGUGCGCAGCCGGCGGGCGGAGGACGGUGGCAGGGCGGGAAGGCGGCGGCGGGAGCGCUCGCUGCCACCGCCCGAGCAGCCACCGGGCCCCGGCUCCAGGCGCUACGCGGCCCGCCUGCCCCUUGGGGCGCGGGUGGGCGACACCGUCUUCACUAUCCCGCUAAGCCGCGACUGGGCGGCGGGCGGCUGGUUCGAGCUGGCCUCUCCCGGUGCCAGCGCCGUGGGAGUCGACAGGACGUCGGGGCGGCUCUACCUCCGGCGAGAGCUGCGAGCGGGCAGCCGGGCGGAGGUGCUGGUCAAGGUGCACACCGGCGGAGGACGAGGGGGAAUGGUUGCGAAGUGGCCGGAUGGGGAUGGGGAAUCCCCCGCGAAGGAGGGGGACGCUGAGCGCCGUGCAUGGCGCUUGCCGCUCGGGGAGAUGCGGGGCGGUGUCGUCCUGCGUGGGGUGUGGGGAGCCGCGGUGGCUGUGGGAGCUGUCCCCCGGGCUCGGUUUGGCGGUGUGGGGAUGUGCCGCCUCUUCUCGGGUUCACUUCGGUAG